UUAUUGUCCCCUUGACAACACACUUACGAUGUUAUUUAAUAAGCAAACACUGCAAGUCUUCAAAGAAUAUGUUCGACCACAACAUGAAAUGAGCAAAAGCAAGUAAAACGAAAGCUUAGAAUAAAAAAUUGAUGAAAUUUGCAAUAUGGACAUCAAGACAGUCAUAAUUAGUUUUAGCGUUAUUUGCUUAGCAUCCUGCUUCAAAUGCCCUGUUUGGAAGAAAUAUGGCCAGGAACCGCCAAAACUAUGCAUACAGCCCAGCGACCCUCAGGAUAGACCUCCUGCCGAUAUGGAAAGUUGGUUUACGGAAAACAUAUUCAAUGAUCUUUUCCCGAAAUCUAAUUUAGGUUGGGGACCAACAUAUUGUAGACCGUACAACUACAAAGCAUUUAUUAUAGCUGCAAGAUAUUUUCCAAGAUUUGCUACUGAAUAUGUGGAGGUGGAUCCUGAAGGAGCAGACUUGAAGACGAAUUACACAAAGGACGAAACAAAUAAACGUGACCUAUCAGCUUUCUUUGCGCAUGCUAUACAAGAAACUGGUGAAAACGAUGUACAUAUCUAUGAGAAACUGCCUAUCAAGGAAGAAGCCGAUGCCUGCUUUUAUAGAGGAGGCUUUUUUAAUUGGUUUGAAGGUGGACCAGUAUCACCUUUAGUUAAAAAUAAAGGCUGGGAUCCAUCUGAUGGGGUAUAUUGUACAUUCAGUGGACGCUAUUGUGAUGAAGGUACAGAUAAUAAAUAUUUCUACCCGUGUGCGAAUAACACCGAAGAAGAAGAUGAAACUUGGUAUAAGGGAUGUUACUUCGGUCGUGGAGCAAUUCAAUUGUCAUAUAAUUUUAACUACGGCUUAUUUCAACGUUGGCUAAUUGAACAAAAGGUUACCCAUGAUGGAGAGCCUAUUAAUAUUCUCCAACAUCCAAACCUAGUAGUCACAAAAACAGAUCCUCCACUUGCCAUAAUGGCGUCUUUAUGGUUUUACAUGUUUCCGCAAAGUCCAAAACCAGCCAUGCAUGACAUUGUUAUUGGUAAUUGGGUUUCACCAGAUCCAGAUUAUGCUGGUGGUGUGUUUGGUCCAACUUCAUUAGUCAUUAACAACGAAUGCAACGGUGAAGAUCCUAGCUACCCUGGCGGUGGUGGGGAAAAUAGACGCAUCAAGGCUUUUAGGUGGUUUACUAAUUACUUCAAAGUCCCAUUCUGCUUUGGAGAAAAGAAGACUUUGUCCUGUAAAACGUUCAACGGUGGGUCAAAGAACUUCGCCUUUCCAGACGGUCGUAAAGUCUUUAAUUCUUGGGAUGCAGAUUGGAAGACAUCAUGGGAUCCAAGUCAACCGUGCUCGUGCAGAAUGGAAACGUAUCAGGAUUAUGUCCAAGCUUUUGAUCCAAAUAUCAUGCCGAAAAAAUAUGCUGCAGAAAAUGAAAUGAAUAAAUUAUGGUGCGAGAAAUUGUAUCAAGAAGGAUGGAGAAAUCAGGGCUGCUCUAAAUACAAACCAUGACUAUAGGGUUUAAAUUUGCAAAAAAUAAUAAGCUUUUUCUCGGUUAGUGUAGAUAAUUUCGCGGGUCAAAAAAAAUGUAUUUCGUGGAAACGUUUGUAAAUGUUGUCCUUUCUUACGAUAUUCGUCCAUUUUAUACUGAGAUAAUGAUUUAACGAAUCAUUAUUGAUGAUUUUCGCGCGGUAUUAAUUUUCGCGAAUGGCACAUUACAGAUUAUUUCGCAAAAAUCUGCGAUAAGCGCAAAUAUUAAUACUCGUAAAAAUGAGUACCAGUAAGAUGGUAUCAUAUUUUGGAGGGAUAAAUUAUUGCGGGGGAAAAUUUAUUGUAUUUUUUUUUAAUAUUGUUAAUGAUAGAUAUUUUGUAAAUUAUACUAGUCAAAUUUAUUUUCGUUUCUCUUUUGAUAUGGUUUUGGACGAUGUUAUAAUCAUAAUCAUUUUCUUUGCA